GUGCAUCUCGGCUCAGAAGGGAGAGGCCGCUGCCAUUUGCAACUUUUUGCGUCUCACUUGUGCCAUGAAGCUCUUGGUGGUGGCAGCCCUGCUCUGCGCGGUGGGUGAGGUAAUCGCCCAGAACCCACCUGAACGAAAGCCGCCGAAGGAGAUGCGGGAGGAGCGGGAGGAUGCCCAGGAGGGCCUAGCGGCCUGCCGAUUGGAGGGCAGAACGCCUGAGGACUGCCGAAGAGACUUCGGAGACUCCACGGGCGGAACCCCUCCGGACCCCGUGAAGGAGCGGUUGGAGCUCGAGAAGGGCGCCCCCUUGGCACUCUUGGGGACCUUGGAGAACUGCACCAAGGACGUGAACAAGACGGAGCUCAAUGUCAGCUUUGCGGACUGCAAGAUGCAGAUCAAGACCCUAUUGGAGCGCCUUAAGAACGAGACUGUAUCGUCCGAGGAGCUAGAACGAGAGAUCCGGAAGAUUGCAGGGGAGAAGGCCAUGAUGAUCGUGCGAAUAUGCUCGGCAGCCGCCACCAGCGAAGCGGCGAAGGAGGCCUGCCUGUCCAGCAAAGAAGCCUUAGAUGCCCUGGCGAAGCUCUCCGGGCGCCCCGUAGGCUCCGUACCUGAAGAGGAGCUGCGACGCCUAUUCCGACGGGGAUCUGCGGAGGAGGUUUCUGAGGAGCUGCGGCUCUGCAUGGGGGGCGCAGAUACUGACGCCAAGGAGAAGGAAUGCUUCGCCUCCGAUGACAUUCGUGAAGCCAUCGGCAACAGCAUGGGCAAGGGCAAAGGAGACGUGAAGGACUCCGAUGUGCGGGAGUUUAUCGAGGAAGGUGUGAAGGAGGAGAUGUGGACUUUGCUCGAGUCCUGCCCGGAAGCUGAAAAGGAGCAAUGCAUGACAGCAGCCAAGGAGAUGCUGGCCACAGUCUCCGGCCGGGAGGCCUCUGGCAUUACGGACGACGUGGUGCGCAAGUUCCUGGAAGAUGAGAUGGCCUCGGAGCUCGGUGAGAGGAUGAGGGCUUGCAUGGACCAGGCCACGGACGAUGCAGCCAAGGAGAGCUGCAGGACCACGCUCUCCACAGGUGUCCUCGGUGUAGCCCGCGGAGGCCAGGCACCCUCGCGCACCGACAUGGAGGAAGCCUUGAAGGAGGCUGGACGCGAGAAGGCCAAGGAGGUAAGCAAGGACUGCCAGGGUAGCCGUGAGGAGUGUAUGGAGAAGUUGCGAGACGAGGCCGCGAAGUCCAUGGGCCGCAGCAAGGAGGACCUUUCGGACAUGGAGGUGGAGAGGCUGAACAUGGACGGGGCCCGUGACGCUGCAAAGGAGGCUGCCCGUGGCUGCGCAGCAGCACGCAAGGAGGAGGCCUCCGCCACCUGCGCCGACCCCACUGAGGUGUACGCGAAUGCCCGCAAAGUCCCCAUCGAAGAUGACGUAGACCGAAAGCGCGUGCAGCAGGAAUUGGUGAAGGAGUCGGAGAAGGAUGCCAUGAGGACAUGCUUCUCAGAGGAGGACAAGGACGGCUUCGACAGCUGCAUGGGCCAGAUGAAGGAUGCGGAGGAGGUUGCUGGGGAACUUUUCCGCGGAGUUUCUGACGAGCGAAAGCAGAACAAGGAGAAGCGGGCCAAGGAGGAAGCCGCUGUGGAGGUCGUCGGGGAGCGCUUUCAGCUUUGCAUGGAGGCCUCGACUACUGAGGAGGAGAAGAAGGGUUGCCGCGACGAGAUGGGAAAGGGCGCCGGCAUGGCCGGCCUAAAGGAGGACGUGGAGGACGUCGUCAAGAAGUACCAUCGCAACGUGGUGGCCACCGCAGCCCGAGCCUGCAACUCCACGCAGAGGAAAACCUGCAUCGACCAGGCCAAGGAGGAGCUCAAGAAGAGCGGCCUCAAGGAGAGGGCUUUUGGCGUCGUCCGCAGACUGGCAGAGAUGAAGUCUGCCGCUGAGACUUGGGCUGCUUGCCAGGAGGGCAGCACAGGAGAGAAUGCCACCUGCGACGCCAAAGCUCAGGCGGAACUGGAGGAGAUCAGCGGCUCCACGGAAGUAUGGACAGCGGAUGUGGCCCUGAAGGUGAAGGAGCUUGGCCAAGCCAUGCUCGAGGGCAAAGAGAUCGUGCUCCGCAAGCUGCACGCUAUCCUUCUGGAGAUCUUGACGGAUGCUCUAAAUUGCUCUGACGACGUUUUGGACAAGAUAGCCGAGAGGGCGCAGCAGACGUCCGAUGGCUACAUGCC